AACGCAAGUUGGAAACAUCAAUUACGUUGCGUUGUCAUGGACAUGGCUCCAAGAAUAGCCUGUCAGACCGGGUCGCUCCGCCGCAGUGGCUUGGCGGUGGCAAGUCCUGUUAAUCACUGAUCCUUUGUCAUUAUCUGUGCCAGUAGCUGAACAGUAGCGCUGGGUAUGACUAAAGGUACUGUAUACCUAGCCACGAUCACACUCUCAAACGGGAAAUGGUACGUACUGUGCACACAGGCAGGGAUCGGUCCAACAAUAGACCCGUGCAUGCCUCCUGAACAUCAACUCCUUCAAAUUUCAUUGGACAACAGUUCAACAGCACCACAAGAUUUGGAAUAAUAACAAACUGGAAUUCCCUCUUCUGUGUCGCAAAUGCAACACUUUGGAAAUCCAAGAAGUUCACCGUAGAUAUCUUUUUCAGGAGUAUCGUUGAACAUAUGAGUAUAUAUCUCUCGGAGGUUAUUUGCAAUAGUCUUGAGGUCUUCCUCGUGGUACUCUCAGCGUGUUGUUGUUUACAUCCAUUUGCUUUGGAUACAAGGGAUAACUUUGCCAUGUGCAGUAGUGGUGUAGAUCUGUAGAGUGUUUCAGAAGACCUUCAUCUCCAUCAUCGGAACUAAGCUCUGGUGAUUGAUACAGUGUGUCUUGAUCUUGAGACAAAAUGUGUUACUUGGACAAACUGUAGCAUCUUGGAGUGCAAGGAGAGGAGACAGAGCCAUCAACCAUACUACUCAUGCAAACAUUCUAAUGAGUGGUACUUGGACCAACAGAAAGACAACAUGACUGCAGGGAGAGACCUUGAGAAAGGUCUGGAGAUUGCUAGGAGUAUCCUCAAUGGCAGCAACGACAACGAGCAUCAAGACGUGCUGCUCCUGCUUCACGUCUACAUACUCCCCAUCAUCAGACUGCAUGCAAGUGACAGGAAACAUGUCAGUUCAGCACUAGUGGACCAGAUUCAAGUUCUCUCUGAUUUGGAUACUGCGAUAGAUAAGAUGACCAGUGAAAGACAUGACAUCAAAAAGACUAUGAAGGACUGGAGACAAGAUAUCUGCAGUCAACUUAAAGAUGAAAAGGCCAUAGCAAGUUGUAAUGUGCACUUCUUGAAGCUUCUAUACCAGCACCUUCAUGACGAUCUCAGGAAUGCUUAUGUAGAGUUGGAUACUUGUCAGGAGAGAGUUGAUGAAUGUAAAGGAAGCUUGACAAAGAAGAAAGGGAGUCAGUACAUCAGUGAUCUUGUGGAAGCUCGUAAAUCAAGAGACCGGGUAGCUGACUACAUCAACAAGGCUCUUUUUGUAAUGGAAGAAGUCAAUUUGAUUCUUAAAGUUACGACACAACCAGAAAGAAAUGAGUUAACCGACCAGCAUCGAGCAUACAUUCGAAUUCAGGAAGAAUGUAAGAGACACAGCAAAGAACUUCAUGAUCUACAAAGAAAGAAGCUUUUAGCGACGAGUGUCCGAGAGGCUUUGGUUUCAACAGAAAGUGAACUGAAGCAAGGAAGAGAGACAACAGGAAUAGACAUCUCAUCUGAUGGCCUGAUACGAUCUACAGAUGUUCUUGGACCAAGCAAGCUUCCUGAAGCCUGGCAAACACUUCCCAGUAAAGUUUCUGAGGCUUUAGAGAAGAACAAGACAUUGAAUGAACUGCAUCAUGAUUUCAGUGCUGCGAUAGUGAAUCAUUGUCGAGAAGAGAUCAAAGGUCAGCCAAUCAUCAGGAGAUUGAGACCAAAGCUUGAUGUCAGUAGCUCUUGGAAGAGGCUUGCAAAGAAGCACAGCGGAGGUGGUAUGCAGCAUCAUCAUCAAGAUGGUGAGAAGAUGAGAAGGAGUACAAGACAUAGCCUAAAGGAGAAACGACCUACAUCACACUACCAGGCUAUCACCCAGGCUCUUAAGACCGAUGUAACCAUGCACUUCCAAGAAGUUACUUCAAGGUUGGCCAAUCAUCUGAAUCUUCCGUUUGCGUAUAGCCGAGCUGAUCUCUGGUCAUGUUAUGAGAGGGCUUUCUUUCCUGGGAAGAUUUCAGAGUUUCUUAAGCUUUAUGUGUAUGCCUAUGAGACUGAGACGGGACAUCUCCAAAAGAUCUUACCAACGUCCAACCUCCAAGAUAUGAAUCUAGAUGAUGAAUGGAUCCUCAACAUUCUUGGACUCUAUGCUCCAAUGUUCAACAUUCAUGAUGACAUUGAGAUUGGUGAAGACGCGACUGAGCAGGACAUUGACUCUGACAAGGAUCACGACACUGAGAAGGAUCAUGACAUAACAGUCAAAGACAUUGCAUCGGUGUCAGGAUUAAACAGCAUGGUCAAACACAGACUCCGCAUAGAUGAAGACAUUCGAGGGAGGUUAGAAUCCGGGGUGGAUGUUGAUCUCCCCGAGGAGCGAUUCCGACGUACUGUAAAUUCUCACCAGAAAGGUGAAUCGAGGCAAUCGUGGCGAAACACACAGAUCAUAGACUGUAAAUGGGUCACGGUGCCAAUCAGCCUAGAAAAUGCGCAGUCAGAACCUUGUAUCAUUGAGAAGCAGUUGAGGCAAGAGAGCGUGAAGCUCAAAGACCCUGAGAAAGUAUUGAAACAUUCUUCUUUGCCUGAGAUAAAGCAAUUAAAGCGGAUCGCAGAUGAACAGUACUCACCUCAUAGCCUAUCCCUCAGCAAGGAAUUGGACAAACCACAUCCUCUUCUCAAGAAAGAGGCGAGCCAUUUAGAAGAUCAUAUUGGUGAUGACUCUGGUGUAUUCAAUGAUCACCAUGAUGAUUACAGGCACAGUCAGAAAGGUGAUCUUAAUUCUAAUCUCUUGGACAGAACAGACAGCAUAAGAACUGCUAUGAGUACAGAAUCAGAUGCUUCCCAAGCUCUCCAUGUAUCCGAUCUUUGCGCCUCCAACCCGUCGGAGGAUGCAACCAACCUUCCGCAGGUAGCGAUAUCCUCAGACGCUGCAUCAGAUGUGGAGAAAAUGUCCAUUACGUCCAGCAGCCAUGAUCCCGUAGGCGACAUGGAUGUGAACAUCAUGGUCCAAGGGGUGGAUGGAGAGGUCAAACUGGACAGAGAACUGUCAAGGAGAUGCAGAGAGAAGCCAGUCAUCUCAGAGUUCUUGAAGCGAUUCAGCCAGGCAUAUCACUACUUCAGAGUAGUUUUAGAGGAGAGUGUUCCAACUUCAAAGCUUCAGUGGUUGCUCCGAUGUCUCAAGGAAGUCAACGCUGUGGCUGAGAGACAAGCAGCUCUGAUAUCAUGCGGGAAGCAGCGCAUGUUAAGUGGUGAUGACCUGCUCACAUCCCUCAUCCUCUUCCUCAUACACGGAGAUCCAGGAGAGGUCACGGCUUUCUACCCACAACUCAAGUUCCUUGAAGACUUCCUUCCCGACUUCCUCGACAAAGGAGAGAUCGGAUUCGCUGUCAUCCAGUUUGAAUCGGCCUAUUCAUACAUCCUGAGGAUAGAGAAGAAUAUGAGGGAUAAUUCAAAUACGUAGUAGAUGCUUGCAUCUCACUAUUAACUUGGAGAUUUCUUUAACUAGUGUGUUGUUUUUGCAAAUCCAUGAUGAUUCGAUUUGUGGGUAAUAUCUCAGCUGCUUUUGGGGAAACAAAAAUCUUCCUCCUCAUAUCUUAUUAUAUUUUUCAGAUGGUUUCAAGUUUCAAGUGGGCUUUGAUCGAUGGGAUUCUUAAUUGAUAUUUUUUCGACAAUAGUGCAUAACUCAAGCAAUAUUUAUUUCAUUACACUGAAUUUGACUCACUUAUGUACCUAAAUACACAAUUAUUGGUUAAGAUAAAAAAAAAAUUGUGCUCAUGUUGGAAAAGUUCAAAUCUCAAACACUUGAAUCACAACUUGAUCUGUCAUUACAAAAAAUGGCUGAAUGUGCUUACACUUGCUAUUAUUAUCACCAUUCAGUUGACAUGCAAAUUGGCAUAAAGAUGGUGUAUUAUGAAUUAUAAGUAGCUUUGAUUGAAUCAUGGUAUUAUUAAAAAGUAGCAAAAUUAUGUUCUUAAUUUUGUAUUGUCUAUAUCUGCUUCAUUGUAUAUCAGGCAAUUAGUAUCAUUAUAAUGUUUUUUUUUCAUUGUUUCAUUUAUAAACCAAAGAAUAUCAUUCUAUUGCACAAUGAUAAAAAGAGUAUCUUAAGAUGAUGAUGAUGAAUGGAUGGAUGGACUAGUGCUGUAACUUUUUGAAGUUUUACUUGGAAGAGAGCUACACUCAAUUUAUUUUCAUAUGGAACUCCCAAAUUAUUCUCUUUUGUGUAAUUUCAUGCUCAAAGCAGAAAGCAAGCAAAAUGCGUAGCUGCUGCAGCUACAAUUUCAUGUUUAUUUGUGCAAUGAAGAUACUCUAACAUGGUGAUCCAUGUACAUUCUGAAUACUGGAAUAUGCUUUGCAAUAUUAGUCUUGUAUUUUUUUUCAUUAUUCCUAUCGAAAGGGUAUUCUGGUACUUUCCUGUUUUACAUUGUUACCCAGGCUCCAUACUUACUCAGUAAGGUUUAUCAUAGAUAUAUAAGAAGAAGUACACAUUUCUGUACAUUCAGGAAGGAAUUUUAAUAAUAUGAUUGUUUUUCUCAUAAGGUAAUUUGGACUGAAGUGCAGAACAGACUAAAUUAAUCCACACUUUUAUCGAUUCCUAGGCUUCAUAGUCCUUAUACAAUAACAAGGGGUUUACCAAAGAAUUUCUUGAGAUUAAAUGAAUACUAAUAUGUUUUCUUAUUUUAAAAAAAAAAUCAAAUUUAGUGGAUACUUUUUAUUUUUUGGGAUUAAAGUAGUUUCUUUCUGGUUAAUAUUUUGGCAUCUGGCACUCCAUAAAAGUGUGAUUAAAGAUAAUAACCUAAUUAUUGUCUUGACAAUACGGCCCGAUAACAGUAUCACAACUUUCAUGGAAAAUUAAUCAAAACGUCUACAUUGCUUUUUUGGCAUGACUAUACACAAGGAUGAUUUUAAUGAACCAUAUUUCAUAAAAUCUGCUUUAUGUUGUCAUGAAGGAAGGGAAUAAAUACUGUCUUGAAAACGCAUCACAAAAAAAAAAGACGCAUUAAGUUCAGUCUGUUUCUCGCCUUUGAGCAGGAAUCCAGCUUUAAAGGUUCUAGCUGUCUUUUUACCUCAGCCCUCCUCCACAUUCCUUAUUGUUUAAUGUCGUUGAUGAAAUGUGACUAGAGCCAUAAAAGACGCAGGAUUCCUGCGGGAAAGACGUGGCCUGCUAAGGUGCUUUAAACCACAAGCUUUUGCAAGAUGAUUCAAUGGGUUUGAAGGUGACAUGGGAUUCAUUUAUUCAACCGUUUGUAUGUGUGUGAUGCUAUGUAAAUUUCAUGUAAAUGUCAUGUAAAUUUCAUAUUAUGUACAUCUUGGUAAAUGAAGCAUGCACUUUUAGAAUUGGAUUCCUGUAUAAAUUGAGCUGUUUAGUAUUAACUAUGCCAUCUGUUAAGACACAUUCUUUGUAUAUACAUGAAAUCUCUAGAUAUUUUUCUAUGUAACAUUCAAUAUUGUAUGUACAUAGUUAUUGAAGAGCUAUUUUGCAGAGCUAUUUUUAUCGCCACAUUGAUCAUUUAUAAACAACUUGAUAUAUAUUUUUCUAAUGUGAAUGAUAAUAAUAAUAAUAUACAUCUCAUAUUUUUUUUAAGAACUGACUUUCUAAAUCUGGUGCUUUCGAUUUGAAAACCAUUGAGUUGAAAUGAAUGUCAUGUAAUAAAUAGUGUGUUUGUUAUAUCAUAGUCUGCAGGCACAGACACUGAUUGAAACUUUGAGCAACAAGUGGGUCUUCACACAAGACUAGCACAUAUAAGACUUCUAUGCACAAAACAUUGUAGGCUGCUCAUUCGGACCCCUUGAAUUGAGUGAAGGGUUUGCACAACAGACUAAUCAUAUUAUGCUCUUUUAUGAAUAAUAAUCAUCAUGUGCUAUUUGAACAACUCAUAACAUCCACUUGAAAUGAUAGCAUUUGAUGUUAUGAUUUUGAACUUACAACUCGCAAGGUACAGUGUAUGAGGUAUAUUAUAACUCUUUGACCUUGAUGGAUUUCACACACACACACAAAUAAAACAUUAGCUAUCCAUUCAGAGUAAAGAUGUUAUUGGUUUGAUAGUUAUAGUGAUCUUUCAAAGAUCGUUAUUGCCCCCAAAAUGAAAAACUAGUUGAUAUUUUAUACUUCAAACCAUGCAUAUAUUUAAAGCGUGUAAUCUUACCCAACCUGUGGAAGUAUCGAGAUUGUCUUUACUCUUUGUACACUUAGCUUACAAAAAUCAGUGCAUUUGAAGAAAAACAAAUGAAAAUGAUAGAUUUUCAAAUAUGUAUGUUUAACAAGAAUAAUAUUAUCACUACGAGACAAGAUGUUGUGUUGAUAAUGAUCAUUUGCUAUCAAAGUCUGUUCGUGGAUUGAUAAAUCAGCACAGGCUGAUGCAUUUCUUUGUAAUGACUCUAUAGGUGAUUUCAAACCGCCUCGAUCACAAGGAUCCCCGAUAAAUUACAAGAACUUUUUUCAGGCAAGUACAUGUAAAUACCCGUUAAUUAUUUCCACUUUCACACCGCCCCAAAACAUACCCUUCGGGAUAAGUUCCUGGAGUUAUGAGCAUGCACAGUAUAUGGUCUGAUAAGCCAGCAAGACGCGAGAUUCAAAAUCGCUAGCUCAGCAGCCACCCACAGCGGCACGCUCUACUACUCGCUGUGCUUGAAGUUCCCGUAAUUUGCUUUCACAUUGCCAAAAUACCUGCGACCUUCGAAAAAUCCCUGCAAAAUUUCUCGUAAUUUUGACAAGUACCUACUAUUUAGCGGGUAUUAUCUUUUGGGGAGAUUAGGCAUAAUUUGCUUUCACAUUUCCAAAAUACCUGGAACUGACAAACUUCGAGGCGGUCUGAAACCACCUAAUGACUCAUAAAAGGAGAAUACAGUUGCUUUCAUUGAAUUUCAUAAAGCAGUCCAAAAUUCCCCCACUUUUUCAAAUUAAGUAUUGGUUGAUAAAUAUUGAUAAAAGUAUAGAGAUGUGCAUUUGAAUUGCUGAAUUUAAAAUAAAUUAUUUUAAUGAGAUCAAAAAGGAUUAUGAAUUGCAUGGACAUGAUAUUAAUGUAAGUUUUAUGGUAAGACCCAAAUUAAGUUGACACUUGAUUUAAAGAAACAUUUCUGUCUUAAUGGCAUUUUAUAGAACUUUUACUCAGAUAAGCAAGUGUUGAAAUCUAUCACAAAGCGCAAAAAAAUGGUAUGCAAUUUACAUUUUAGCUUUUUUAUUUAUUUGAUAUUUAUACUUGGCAAUGAUGACAUUGAAACUGUUAAAUUCCUUUGAGAGGAUAUGCAGUUAUAAUAAUUGGAAAUCAUAGAAAAUGCUUUUUGUCCACCUUAAGACCGUACACACUAUACAUGUAUGAUUCAAUUGUAUUACAGGUAGCAUUUGAUGGGAACAUUCUAACUUAUAAAAUCCUAACCAUAAAAGUUCUGAAAAGUUAUCAAAUUUCCAAUCUAUUUCGAGCCUCCCUGUAGGAAUGAAAACAAUUUCAAUUUCGAAUGGUAAUGAAGUCGUCAUUGGCUGUGUUUAUUCAGACCACAAGGUUUGCAGCAAAGUAGAAUUCGGAUUUUAGUAUUCCUAACAUUGUGCCGAAAUUAAAAUAGUACAAUUCCACUUCUUGGAACUUUCACAUUUAAUGCGAGAUUGGUUUGUUGAAAAAUCGUGUAGUGUUUGCUGGUAUUGAGUUGUACAUGGAAUUGUUUGUCUGCAUAAAAAAAAUAACUCGAUAUGCUUUAGAAACCCGUUGGCUUUCACCAUUCUUUCAUUGUGUUGUGUGAGAAUAUGUAGAAGCUGAAAAAUGCUUUAUAUUUUUAUUAUCACAUCAAAGCAAUAUUUUUAGGUAUGUAUUUUAUAAUUAAAUGGAGUACUGCCAUGAAAAGCAGUGAUAUAGAAAAUGCAA